AUGUUCCAGCCGUCUGCGAAACGCUGCUUCACCAUCGAGUCCCUGGUGGGGAAAGACACCCACCUCAGCCCCGAGGACCCUCCGCGCCCCGCCGCCCUCGCUUACCCCGGACCCGGACCCGCCGCUGCCACCGACGCCGCCUUCGCCCCCGGUUUCCAGGGUGCUGCCGCCGCCGCCGGCCGGGCCCUCUACGGCAGCGCCGAGCUCGUAUUCCCCGAGGCCGUGGGGCACCCGGCACUGCCCGUCGGGCCCCAUCAGUUGGGGGGGUCAGCGCUGCCGCAUCCCCACUCCUUCUUCGGGCCGCAACACCGCGACCCGCUGAACUUCUACCCCUGGGUGCUGCGGAACCGCUUCUUCGGUCACCGCUUCCAAGGGAGUGAGGUAUCCCAGGAGAGCCUGCUCCUCCACGGCCCCUUCGCACGGAAACCCAAACGCAUCCGCACUGCCUUCUCGCCAUCCCAGCUCCUGCGCCUGGAGCGAGCCUUCGAGAAGAACCACUACGUGGUGGGCGCCGAGCGCAAGCAGCUGGCCAGCAGCCUCAGCCUCUCUGAGACACAGGUGAAAGUGUGGUUCCAGAACAGGAGGACGAAAUACAAACGUCAGAAGCUGGAGGAGGAAGGACCUGACUCGGAUCAGAAGAAGAAAGGUUCUCACCACAUCAACCGAUGGCGCCUCGCCACCAAGCAGUCAAGUGGAGAAGACAUCGACGUCACCUCCAACGACUAAGGCAGGGACAGGCUCCUGGUGCAGCCACCAUGGAGAGGAACCCAGGGAAGGAAGGGGGGACACCGGUGGCAUCACCAAACGAACUGUAGGGACGUCGCCAAAGCCACUGCCACCACCUCCUGCUGCCUUUCCUCUGGGGUGCCUGGCCUGACCGGGGGACCCGUGCCCUGUUCCCCCACGCCACCCAGGCCAUCCCUUGGAGGUGCUUUUUGGGAAGCUCCUGCUGCCGAGCCAGGGAGGAAGAGGAGGCUGCCAGGCUGCUCGCAGCCCCGGGACUCUACCACCUGUCCUCCUCUGCGCUGGAAGCCUUCCGUCAGCCAUCAGAUCAAAUCAAAACGUCCUACCUAGAAGCUCAGUGUGCCCAACCCUACUUUCAGUUCCCUCUUUAUCCUUAGGUUUUUAUUUUCCUUUUCAUUCUCUUUCUUUUUGGCUCCCUCCUUUUCUCCAUUGUUGGUUUGGUUGGUUGGUGUUUGGGUUGGUUUUUUUUUUUGUUUCCUUUUGUU